AUCAAGUCCGACGACGGUACUGGAAGGCUGCGACAGGUUCUCCACAAAUUGUGUGAAGAUGCUGCAAACAUCUGGUAUGAUAGUCGACCCGAGCGCCCCGAUGCUGAAAUUGAUGAAGACGUAUACUAGUACAUAAAAUGAAUAAUCGAAAUGAAACUCUAAACAUCAACAUUGAAAAUGACCAAGAAUCUACAUUUCUGAACAAUUCCACUGAAUCACAAUCUCUCAGAUCGAAAUACAUGAAGAUAUUUCGAAAUCCUUGUAAUUCGCGUAGACUGCGGAUUUACUCAAUUGGUAUUACACUGGUGGCCUUGAUUGCAAUAGCAUGGGUAAUAACAUUGUUAGCGCUAGCAGCAAAACAAGAUCAAGCAUGUGCAAAUCAACCAGAUACCACAACUGUGAAGAUGAAAAACGUUAGCGAACCAGGUACAGGUGAUCAUAUGGCAACUGUAGAUGAUAAGACGAUGAAAUCAAAACAGGAGAAUGUUACAAUGAUUUUGAAGGAACAUAUUUCCAUUAUAAAAUCCAACGCCAUACGAUGCAAAGAAGACCCAAACCUGUUUCUCUGUCAGUAAUAGAGGUGACUUUUUGAUCAAAACUGUGUUAAAACAAAAUUAUUAUAAAAAGGGAGAGUGUAAAAAAG